UGUUAAACUAGCUCAUGAAUGUUGUACUUUAACAUUUCAAUCUUAAAAUGACUUGAAUUGUAUGUUUAUUUGCAUCCAAUUCAAUUUUGCAAGCUAAUUUAGUUGAAUCCUAAUUUAAUUAAACCUAGAAGCUUAAGCUAUUAGAGAGAGUAGCAUAAGAGGUAGUGUAACGGAAGUAUUUAUAUAUUUUAUCAUGCUCCCUCAUGUCUGGGCUAAAUUUUGAGCCAAACAUGUGGAAGUCUUUUAAUUAUUGCAAGACCUAUUGCUCUGAUAUAAACCACCAUCUACUAUAAAAGCCUAAAAUAUUAGAGGCAGUAUAACAUUUGUAUUUACAUACUUCAUCAAAUUCCAUGUCCUGUGUGGUAUGAUGAUUAAUUAGGAAAUUAGCUUCUAAACAUGUGAUGUGCUAAUACUAUGACUUCUCUUGUUUGUGACCAUAACUUAUUUAUUUUAGUUUGUUAUAUGUCUCUGUUGAUUUUGUAAAAUGAGGUUUACUGACUUCUUAUAUCUGAUAUACUUUGCACUCAAUCAGAGUAAAACUAGAGGUUUAGUGAUAUGGAGAUCAGGUAGUUCAAUAGUUUUAUUCAGGGGAAUGUCCUACAUGCUUCACUGUGUGCAAUCGUAUACUAAAGAAAAUGAAGAUAAGUUGAAGACAUCACAAUCUUCAAGAGGUCGAGUGAAUGAUUUUACAGAGGAAGUAGGCUCAUCGAGGACUACAGAAUCGUCAGCAACUGAUCCAGCAGGAUAUUUGAAGGAUUUAUCUGAAAAAGAACUUAUGGAUCUAAGCGAGUUAAAUUUUUUGUUAGAUGAGCUGGGUCCACGUUUUAAAGAUUGGUCUGGCCGUGAUCCACUGCCAGUUGAUGCAGACCUGCUUCCUCCUGUGGUCCCUGGAUACAAACCGCCAUUCAGACUUCUUCCAUAUGGGAUAAGACAGGGUUUACGAGACCGGCAGAUGACAAUUUUCCGAAGGACUGCUAGAACAAUGCCUCCCCAUUUUGCCCUAGGGAGAAACAGAGAACUGCAAGGUCUGGCUCGGGCCAUGGUGAAGCUAUGGGAAAAAAACACAAUUGCAAAGAUAGCCAUCAAACGGGGCGUACAGAAUACUUGGAAUGAAAGGAUGGCAGAAGAACUCAAGAUAUUGACAGGGGGAACACUACUCUCUAGGAACAAGGAUUACAUUGUUUUUUACAGAGGUAAUGACUUCUUGCCACCCGAUGUUGCAGAAACAUUGGUAGAAGCGCAGAAACUCACAGUUCUCCAACAGAAUGAGGAAGAGCAAGCACGGCAGAAAGUAUCCCACCUAAUUGAUUCAAAUGCCAAAACUGCCACAGGUCUAUCGGUUGCAGGAACCCUUUCUGAGACCACAGCAGCAACCUCACGCUGGGCAAACCAACCUAGCAAUGAGGAUUUAGAGAAAAUGAAGAGAGAUUCAGCUUUGGCUAGACAUGCUUCACUGGUCAGAUAUCUUGAGAAGAAGCUAGCUCUUGCAAAGGGGAAGGUAAAAAAGGCUGAAAAGGCUUUACAAAAAGUGCAGGAGUAUUUGGAACCAGCAGAUCUCCCAACUGAUUUGGAAACCAUUAAUGAUGAGGAGAGAUUUUUAUUUCGUAAGAUUGGCCUUAGUAUGAAACCUUACUUGCUUCUAGGGAGGCGAGGGAUUUACGCUGGUACCAUAGAAAAUAUGCACUUACACUGGAAGUACCGGGAGCUGGUAAAGAUUAUUGUGGAAGGAAAAAGUUUUCCUCUGGUCAAGCAUAUUGCAAUUUCUCUAGAGGCUGAGAGUGGUGGAGUGUUGGUAUCUUUAGACAAAACAACCAAAGGCUAUGCCAUCAUAGUCUAUAGGGGGAAAAACUAUCAUCGCCCUCAUGUAAUGCGGCCUAAAAAUCUUUUGACAAGGAGGCAGGCAUUAGCACGGUCAAUUGAACUUCAGAGGCGUGAGGCACUAAAGCAUCACAUCUCAGAAUUACAGGAAAAAAUUGAGAAGCUGAAGUCUGAGCUAGAAGAUAUGAGAACUGUCAAGGAGAUUGACGAGCAGACCUUGUACUCAAGAGUAGAUAAUACUUCUGAUGUUGACUAUGAUGACGAUGACGACGACGACUUGGACGACAANGAGUAG